UUCUCGAUGCUCAACACAAAAUUAUUCAGUUCACGUUAGCAAAUAGUCCAGUCAACAUCUAAAAACGAAAAUCAAAAUUUUUUGUGCCAUCGAAACAAAUUUUUAGUUUUAGUAGUUAAACAUUUUUCUUCUUUUUGACAAAAGGUUUUUCUUUUUGAUGAUCGGCGGAGAGUCUAAAUUCGAUUGGUUCUAAUUCAAAGUGCAAUGAGUGGAAUGUGUUCUCGCCGGCUCGGUGCAAUGUUCGGAGUGUCGCGGAAUUUGCUAGUCCGCGUCGUCCGGCAUCCGGCCGUCCGCUGGCAGUAUGCCAAUACGGGCCUGAGGCGCUCCUACGCCUCGCAGGCCAUCAACCAGAUGCUGCAGCUGCAGCAGAUGGACAUCUGUGCGGACCAGCCCUCGCGCGGUCUGGUGAUAGGCGUCUUCGCCGACGAGGAGGACCGCAACGAUGCGGGCAUCCUGACCCCCGCCGGCUGGCGUUACAACGUGACCAAGACCAACGGGCGCCUCAUCCAGGUCCUGCGUAUGUCCGGACCGAUGCCCAAGCGGGGCGAGGCCCGUCUGCUGUUCGCCAUCGAGCCGGAGCGAAUCCCCUAUUAUUCGGUGGUGGCUGUGGUCGGCCUGGGCAAGGAGUGCCUCGGCUACAACCCCUAUGAGGUGCUCGACGAGCAAAAGGAGGCGAUCCGUCGUUCCGUUGCAGCCGCUUGCCGGGUUCUAGCCGAGCUAGACACAGACAGAAUCGAGGUGGAGAACUGCGGACACGCCGAGUCCGCUGCCGAGGGAGCAGCAUUGGGCAUCUGGGCCUAUCAGGAGCUGCGGGAUCCCAAAUACCGCCUCUCCGUGCCGUCCAUUGACUUGUAUGCCACCCAGGAUGAUGUCUGCGACAUCGAAGGAUGGCGCAUUGGCCUGCAGAAGGCUGCAGCCCAGAACCUGACGCGACAGCUGCAGGAGAUGCCCUCCAAUCUCCUCACGCCCACUGCCUUCGCGCAAAAUGUCGUAGAGGUCCUGUGCAAGUCUGGAGUCAACGUGGAGGUGAAGGUCGAGGGCUGGGCGGAGAGCCAGUCAAUGCACGCCUUCCUGGCUGUGGGCAAGGCCUCGUGCGAGCCCCCAAUCUUUUUGGAGCUCAGCUACUACGGCACCUGUGCCGAGGAGCGUCCCAUUGUGCUGGUCGGCCAGGGCGUGACCUACGAUGCCGGUGGUUUGUGCCUCAAGAAGCGCAAGGAACUGUUCAACAUGCGUGGCGACAUGACCGGAGCAGCAGUCGUCGUUGCCACCUGCCGAGCCGUGGCCAGUCUCCGUUUGCCCGUCAACGUCCGUGGCCUGAUUCCUCUCUGUGAGAACGUGGUCGGAUGCAAUUCGUUCCGUCCUGGCGACAUGGUCAAGUCCAUGAACGGCAAGACCAUCGAGAUCCAGUGCACAGACCACGAGGAUGUUCUUGUCCUGGCUGACGCCUUGCUUUAUGCGCAAAACUUCUGUCCCAAGUGCAUCAUCGAUGUGGGCACCUGUUCGGGCUACAUGCGUCAGUCCCUGGACGAGGCAGCCGCCGGAGUGUUCACCAACUCGGAGAUCCUCUGGCAGCAGAUCAAGCACGCCAGCAUGCACACCGGAGAUCGCGUGUGGCGCUUCCCCCUGUGGAACUACUACAGCAAGGCCGUGCGUGCCGGCUCCCGCAGCGAUGUCCAGAACUACGGCAUUGGCCGUGGUGGACGUCCCUGCAAGGCCGCUGCCUUUCUGCGCGAGUUUGUGCCCUGUGGCCAGUGGAUGCACAUUGAUGCCACCAACGUGAUGGUCACCAAUGGCAUCGAUUUCGAGUACCUUCGUCGCGGGAUGGCUGGCCGUCCGACCCGCACCCUGGUCGAGUUCAUUGCCCAGACCAUCUGCAAGGACACCGCCCCGAAGCUGGGCAAGUAGGAAGGAUGUCUGAACAAAUGCCAGUCCCAAUAGUCAGUCCCCCGCGGCAGUCCCCGCUGCAAUCAUCAUAAAUAUUUUGGCCAGAAGAUGUUACUGAACAUGUUUUAAAUUGUUAGUUUUUUCCAGGAAUAGUUUUUUAGAAUUAUUAAGUAAUAAUCAGUAAUAGUAUGUAUUUUCGAACACUUGGAUUAAAGCAACUAUUUUCUAUCACAACAAAGACAAUCAAACUGUGCAAAAUAAAAAUGAAAUUCGCAUACACAUAAA